AUGGAUUACACCACCGACGAGAUCGUCAACGCCUACCUAUCCGAGCGGCUGGAGUUCAUAAAAGCCGACAAAGAUGACCCAAAUCACCAGAAAAUAGCCCUCGAGAUUCUAAAAGACCCUGUUGUGCAGGCUCUCACUGCACCUUCUAUGCUUCAACCCAAGGGCCAACAAGACUGCAAGUCAUAUCUUCAAUCUGUCUGCGACUCCCUUCUAGGCGUCGCCAUUUGUCUACGCGAAGAAAAUACCAAAACGCCCACCGUCAUUGGUAUCAUGUGCAUUGGCUGGGGUGGCAUUUCUCCCAAUGUCGCCCAUCAUCGCAAUUCAGAAAUCGGCAUCACGCUUGUCAAGGAGCACCAGGGCAAAGGAUAUGGACGAGAAGCUAUUAAUUGGAUACUCGACUGGGGCUUUCGACAUGCUGGUCUGCACACCGUUGGAAUCUCAACAGCUUCGUACAACCCACGAGCUGUUCACCUUUAUGAAAGCAUGGGGUUUGUGCAUGAGGGUAGUAGAAGAGCAACGAUCUGGCAGAAUCGAGGAUGGCAUGAUUUGAUCAACUUUGGAAUGACGGAAGCGGAAUGGGAGACUCUACGAGGAUUGCCGCAGUUACAAAACUAG